GUGUGUGUGUGUGAAUCAUGAAAAGGGAUUAUGAUCAUCAUGAUAUGAGGACAGUGUUAAACAUCGAAGUCAAAUGUUCAUGUUAUUAGUGUGUAUUUUUCCAUUGUGUGAUCAUGGUGAUUAGUGGUUGUAACUUGUUACUUAGCAUCAUAGACCUGGAAUGUUUAAAAACAAAAACGAAUGCUGCACUUUAUAGCAUAUGCUUAAUUUUUUUCCCCUGUCUAUGUUAGGUGCAUCACCAUUUUCCACACUCCUAACCUGCAUGGUCAUGAUUCGGUGCCAACAAGUAUCAAGAGCCCCAGUUGUGCUUUUCUUCUUCUUGUUCAGUCUUAAAUUUGAGCCCACAAGCAGCAUCCCUGUGACUGGACACAAAGUGGGCAAUCGAUAUGAACCCUCCUCUCCUGCACGUACACUGCCUCAGAUUCAGUUCACCCAAACCGGAGAUGUUCCAGAGACACUGAAUGAAGAGGAGGAUGAACUUUUCAAAGAUGUUGACCCAAAAACCCUAGCAGCAGUCCUCCUAGAAGCCCUCAACAAACCUCAGGAGGUAAUGAGUGAACAAGAGAAGAAAGGGGGAGAGAAAAACAAGGCAGAAGAGGACAGAGAGACCCAGAGUUUUGACAGAGAGACUAAUGGAUAUCAGGAGCUGGAACUGGUGCGAGCAGCUGCUGAAGCACAGGGCAGAGAAGAGAGAGAAAGGGAACAGGAUGAGGAGAGGAAGAGGGAGGAGGAAGAAGAAGAACGCCUCACGGAAAAGGUGACCAGUCGUACCACCAGUCAAACAGUGCCUGUAAAAGAACAGGAAGUAGUUGCAAAAGAGGUUGCAAGCAAGCAAGAACAGCAAGAAACAGAGGGAGCCACUGAUGGGAACAAGGAUGAGCAGCUGAGUCCAGAAGAGUUGAAGAACCUGGAAACCAUGUUAGAGGAGUUUCAGAGCUACACUACAGCCAUGAAAAGAGAACGUGAUUCCUCAUCUGGCCAGAGAGAGAGUCGUGGUGAUUACUUUGACUAUCUGGAUCGUAAUGGCCUCAUGAACAAUGAGAUCAAGCCCAAACCUAAGGGUUAUGACUUGGCUUUGUCUAAGAAGAAGCUUAAUUGGCAACAAGAGCAGGAAAAGAACAGUAAUCGGCCAUUGGGAGGAAACUUUAUGGAUGAUUUUAAUGAUAAUAUUGAAGACCAAGAACAGGAAAAUGGAGAGGAUGAAGAUGAACUGCUGAGUCCAGAAGAAGAAGAAGCUAGGGCUAAAGCUGAACAGGAAGAGGUGCGCAGGCAAGCAGCCGAGGCCCAGAGAGCCAAGGCAGAAGAAGAGAAGCUUGCAGAUAUUGCAUCAGAUAUGAUCUUGCAAUACAUGGUCAAGCAAGAUGGUAAAAAGUACCAGGGAAAUAAUGCUGCAGAAGAUAAACGCUCAGAGGAAGAUGGUGCUAAUGAUGAUGAUGAUAUUGACCCACAAACAAUUGACAAGUUGAUAGAGAUCUCCAGUAAGCUCCACUUGCCUGCUGACGACGUGGUAGAUAUAAUCAGUGAUGUGGAAAAGAAGAAAAAAAAAGACGCUCCUGAAACUCUGCAAUGGCAACGACCUCUUGUACCUCCUCCAGCACCUGAUGUCUCAUCUAUGGUCUUAAGAACAUCACCACCCUCAAAACCACCCAAGCCUAACACAAAUCUGCUGAAAUCGUGGUUCAAGGACAGGGCUCCUAUUAAGCCCAAUCAACAAAAUUUUUGGAUCAAGCAACAGUGGCCCUUUUGGACCUACCCCUCCUAUCGGCGCUAUCAAAAGCCCUACAGUAGUUAUUACACCAUCUACAUCCCACCUCCCAAACCUAAACCACGCUAUUAUGCCAAACCCUCCUACUCCCUUAAUGACAUUCUGGGGAAUUCAUUGGACUAUGAGUUUGAUUACCCUCUGAAACAAAGGUAUAAUCCCUGGACACAAAGUCGUCCAAGGGUUCCUCUGGCUUUCCAGCGGAACCUCUACAUCCCUAACUACAUUGUCCCUCAACCCCGGACUUUCAAAGCCAUACCCAUGCCCAAACCCCGGUCACCCCUGCGUCAUCGGCCUGCUUUCUAUUACUCACCCACAGCUUCUGUAAUUGCCCCACAGGAUGGCUAUUAUAGCCAGGUGGAACAGCCACAACCAGACAGCAAUGAGGAGCUAGGGAACUUCAUUGAGAAGGUUUUCCUAAAACGUCCCCGCAUGUUUCAGUGAAGGUGCAGAUAGCGAGAAAAAUAAAGGAGGAAAUGUAGGUGAGCAAGAAGAGUACAACUGUGAGACUGUUUUUGCCACAUAUUUUGGUUU